UCCGUCUAUGAGGGCGGUGGGCGGCCGAGGGCGGCGCCCGGCGGGUAUAUAAGCGGUGGCUAGGGCGGGCGGGCGCAACACACUUGUUGCAACCGUCGCUGGUGGCUGGUCUCUGGCUGUAGCUGUCGAAGCAAGCACACGUGACAAGAUGGUGCGAGCAACUUGCAUUCUGGCGUCCUGCGCUCUCUUCGCCCUCCUGCUCGUCGUACCCACUUCAGCAUACCCUAGGUAUCUUAACAACUACUACCGCGAAGAAGGUCCCUAUGAGCCCGAAGAAAUCAUGGACAUGCUGAACCGCCUUGGGAACCUGCUACAAAUUGAACGCAAAAUGGAAAACUUUAAAGAUGACAUUACUAGCGAGAAACGGGCAUUGGAUCUUGGCCUCAGCCGUGGUUACUCCGGUGCACUUCAAGCCAAGCACAUGCUGGGAGUCGCCGCUGCUAACUCCGCCUUCGGGCCAGGCAGGAGGCGGCGAGACGCCCAGUAGGAAUCAAACCAGUAUUUGGUUCAAUGAGGCGAAUAUAUAAAACUACUAUCACCAUCUCCAAGAUAUUAGAAGCGAUCGCCUCUGCAGUCAAAAUCAUUUCAAUGACUGGCCACUACCAAGACAUCAUCCAUAAACUUAAGAUCUUUCAAUAAAUAUCGCUUUACUAAAUGAUUUCAUUUGGCAGAUAAUAUUUCGCCAUCAAAUUUCAUUCUAUAACAAGGUUAUUUUUAAAUACUAGGCUCAAAAUAUUAUCUGAUUCAUUCUAAUAUCAAAAGACUAGUUUCAAUCAAAAUUUUACCUAAAAUUUUAUUUAAACGAUCAGUAUAAAUCCCUUAGGUUAUUUUUAGUUUACACAAAUUCGAUUAGAAUUAUAAGUAGACCUUAAACUUUUGAUUUCAAUUCUAGUCAUUUUUGUAACUGAUUUCAUUAUAUUACAACAAAUAUAUAUUUUUAAGGGCACAUAUUCGAAUGAUUAUCAAAAAAUUAGUAAUUCAAUCAUCAUCAAAAAAAAACAACUGGUAACCUAACCUUUAGGCUAACAAAUACAUUUUAAGGUUAUCAUUUACGUAUUUUUUGAGAAUCAUUUAAAUAUUUUCCAUUUUUAAGUAGCUUAAAUUUUACAAAAAUAAUUUUCAACGUUGACUGAUUUAGUGUAAACACUAUUGUGAUAUUUUAAGUUAUUUGAUCAUUCCUAUACAUAUACUUUCAAAUUUGGAUGAGUACUGUUUAAUGUUUCAAACUUUAGAAAUAAUAAAAACAGAUAUACCAGAUUCUUGUCUUGUAAUAUUACACUUUAUAGCAAAACGCUUAAACUAUACUAAAUGUAAAUUAGAAAUGUUUAAGAUUUAUCCCAGCUUUUUCGUUAAUCCAUAGUAAUAUAUUGUUCAUAUUUCAUUGAAUGUAUGUGGCAAAUUUAUUAGUGAAUAGUAAAUUUAAGUGAUAAAAUACCUCCUGUCUAGAGUUUAUUGUUAAAAAUUAAAGAAAUAUUCAUAUUUAUAAUUUGUUUUAUUGUAAUUAAAAUCAAUUCGAUUUACUUAUUAAACGAUUCUACUUACUUCACAACAAAGACAUUAAUAUAUAGCACACCAAACCUAAGCAGCUUCCUACAUCUACAGAUGUUCCACAAGCAAAAAGAUAGAGAUAAUGUUUAUUAUUCCAUUCGUAAGUUAGCAAAUCAGUAUAACUAUACACAUCAUAAAUGUCUAGGGAGCGAGUAAUUUAUAGCAAUGAAAAUUAUUGAAUAUUCAUUUCAGAUUGGUUUUCCAUUCCUAUCCAUAAAUUGAUUUGAUAUCCCUACACAUCGUAAAAUUAAAACUUAUUAUUUACGGUAUAUGGUGUUUUUAGAAAAUGAAACCCGUUUAAUGGCGGCGUCUAUUUGAUCGCUAGACACUUUUGAUGCAAACAUUUGAAUUAGGAGUUCAAACGACAACUAGAUUACCUUUGAAAAUUCGUUAUUUAACUCUUUUCUAACAGUUUUUGCGUUUAGGAGGCGUCAAAAAUCCUUCCUGAACUGCACUUAUACACUGAGCAAUCGGUUGAACUCUCGUUCUAGCAUCUAAUUUUGCAGCAGCGUCGGCUCUUUUUUUCUGUUCAUUGUAACUCUGUGUUACUCUUUUACCUAGAUCUGUGUCCACGAGAUCUAAUAACUUCAAUGCCCUAUCCACAAUUUUUUCAUCAACCGUAACUAGAGAGGCAGCAGCGUUGUCAGCUAUUCUUUGUCUAUGAGCAUCAUUUUCUAUAAUGUGAUUAUAGAAGUCUGCCAUGGGCUCCAAAUCCACAGAAGUCUUAUCGAGUACUAUUAAUUUCUCACUAGGGUGUCUGUUAUCUACAGUGGGUGCUGGCCCGCUAAAUGAAUUUGGAUAAUAAUUUGGUACAUCAUUCAUGUUGUCUUUUACUGGAGGUGAGCCAUCACGGGUAUAAGUUUUUCUGUAUACUGGUAAGUUUAUUCUUAUAUUCUCAUUAUUACUUCCUAAACGAUUUUCAUGUGCAUGGCGGUAAGAUAACCUUCGAGACUUAAACAUUAGGUCAGCUGGUCCAGGUAUACCUGGAACUAAAUGAGCAGGAUUAAAUGCGCUCUGUUCUGUGUCUCUGAAAGAAUUAUCUGGAUUUCUAUCGAAAACAUAUCGUCCCACAACGACCGUUUUAUACGUCCCCCUCUUCCAUAGUCUGUUAACAUCAAAUGGAUUAUAGUCUACUUUUGAGGCUUGUUCAAGAGUCAUUAUAUCCAUUUCUAAUCUCCAAGAUGGAUAAUUUUUAUUAGCAAUGGCAUUGUAUAAGUCCCUGGUAAAGUAAUAAGGAUCUUGAAUUGAUAACGCACGACCCUCAGCGGUAGUAAGAUUAUCCAAGCCUUGUUCUGUACGUAGAUUGAAUUUGGCUAAAUAUCGUUCUCCUUGCUUGUUGUUCAGCUCGUAUGCAUGAACAGGAAAUAUAUCCAUUUUUCUAUAGCCAUAAGGUAAACCAUAAUCGGAGAAUCUCCAAAGGUUAGGAAGAAGUGUUGUUGGCUUUAGGGUAAUGAAGUCCCAGAUCAUUGUAAAAUCAAAAAGAUUUGUUUUAGGGUUUCGGCGCACAGCGUGAACCAAGUGAGUGAAGUCAUUAGGAUCACGAUAUUCGUAUACAGGAAUACUUAUGCAGAGAAAAUCUAAGUUGCCUUCAUUUGUAUACAUCUUUACAGAUAAUCCUUUAUUGUCUCUUUCGAUUUCUGGGCUACCUUUAUUUGAUACAGCUGUAGAAAAUCUACCGAAAACUGGAGUUUUCUUCCCAAUUCCAUUGAAUACAUCUGCGCUUGUAUAUUGGGACACAUCGUGUGUAACAAUAAAGUAUCCAAAAGCACCGCUUCCUUGAGCAUGAACAACUCUCUCUGGGAUCCGUUCAGAGUCCACAUGAAACUGGUUGUCUAAAAAGUAGUCGUUCACAAAUACAUCCGAAUUCUCACUGACAGUAUUCCUUACAUCAACAGAUUUUCCGGUUGUGGUGGUUAAGACGCCAAUAGGCAA